AAGUGGGCAGUGCUGCUGUCACAAAACAGUUACACUGGCAAGUAACAGAGAAACUUAAAGAGCAAAAACAUCUGACACAUUAAUGCAAACAAGAGCACUAAGAAACGGAGAGAAAACUGAGCAGAGGAGCUGAGUGAAGCUUCAUCUGCAUUAAAUACAAUCGAGGAAGAAAAAGCUGAGAAGGGAGGAUCUCUGGGAGGAAACCGGAGACACUGGAAGGAGACAGACUGCACUGCUAAGCAUGAAGAAGCUCCUUGUCGUCACCUUCUGUCUCUGCUCAGCAGGAUGCUGGGUGGUGUCAGGUGUGAUCACAGUGUCUGGAUAUGAAGGACAGUCGGUCAGAAUCGAAUGUUCUCAUGGUAACACAGGAACUAACUUGAAGUAUUUCUGUGGGAGCAAAUGUACAAGGUAUGAAGACAUUCUCGUCAAGACCGAAAAUAAUCAUCCAAACAAGACGAAUGGGAGGUUCACCCUGCAUGAUCAUGGAUCAGGAACCUUCACUGUAACCAUCACUGGACUGAGGAUGACCGACACUGGGAUAUACUGGUGUGGAGUAGAGCGAACAGGCGUUGACAUCUACACAGUGGUGGACCUCAAAGUGACAGAAGCUCCUACCACCACAACUACCACCACUCCCCGAACUACCCCCUCUACUACGCCUCACUCCACAGCGCCCCCACCUGGUACCACUGUGUAUAAUCAGGAGACCCAGCCUACAGUUUCUCUGUUCCUCUCAGCUCCAUUGUCCACCAGUAUGACCGCGGCAUGGUAUGAUCAGCUGGUUUACAUCUCUGUGGGUCUGGGUCUCGCAGCCCUGGUGUUUGGCUUGAUUGUGGCUGCAAUCAUCAAGGUACGACUCAAAGCUGGGAGAUCAGAGGAAACCGUCUCCUGCAGCAUACAGAAUCCCAGCAUGGCACCCAUAGGCACUGGAAGUAGAGAAAAGGUAAUCAGGACAUUAAAUUUAUCAUCCUUGACCUGUAGUUUCUAUGUGUAACUUGUACAGGCAGAGCUGUUCCUGUAGCACAGGUUCUGUUGAGAGUCCUCCAUCCUUCUAAGAAGUG